UUGUGCGUAGCACACGUGAAUUUUUAGAGUGACUGGCUCUGAACAAGUAUCACGUAUUAAACGCAUUAUUACAUGUCUGCAUUCUUUAUUAAUUGACAAUUUUGCCAUAAGCAUAAUUAUUGUACAAAAUUCAUGUGUAUUUUAUACAAAGAUGUCGCACAUAAAAACAUUACCUUUGCUAGAUGGAACGAAAGUAAUUGUUAUAGAUGAAGAUAUAGAAGCAGCAUAUGCAACAGCGUUGAUAGCUGGAUGGAUACACGCAUGGAAGGAGAAGAGUUCUGAUUAUAGUAUUGAUUUGGUGUCAUUUUCGGAUCCAAAAACGUGGUAUAACACUCAACCACUUACACCCACAAAAGUAACCAUACAUGAUUAUUUUAGUAUUCAGCCGACUGAAAACGCUGAGAAACAAGACUCUGAAAAUCUUGAUCAUGCACUCAAAAACAUCAAGAUGAAACCUCAGAAUACAGUUGUUGUCAAUUGUCUGGGUUCCUUGGUUGUGUAUGUGGGUUUAGAAAAGGCUAUUAGAUUUAUAGAGAAGUUGAGUAAACAGGUGUCACAAUUGAUAUGCAUUUAUCGAAGGGAUUUCAUGAAAAUUAAAGUACCUGCAAUGGAGACUUUUGGCACUACCUACGUCAAGCUAGAAAAGUUUACAGGAAACAGCUCUACAAACAAUAUAAUUUAUAUUGCACAGCUCACUCAUAGAAAGUCUGGUGGUUCCGUGAUAUGUCAAACAGAAAUAAUAAAGCAAGAUAUUAAAUCUUAUCAAAUCACCGUUGAAAAAGUUACAGUACCAAGCAUUUGUAAAACAGAAACAGAACCCGUAAAGAUUGAAACGUCGUUUAGGACAGAAAUAAGUGCUCAGGAAAUGGAGCAAAGAGACAAGACACCUUUACCUUAUACUUUGAAUACAACGAAUACAUCAAAGAUAUUUUAUCAACCUGAAGAUGUAGACGAUAUAGAUGAAGAAGAUCCUGAUGAUGAUUUGUGUAUAUAAGUUUAUAAAAAUCAAAGAAUUUGUAU